GAUCAAUUUAAUCUCAUCUAAUCUGAUAUGUAUGAUGACUAGAAAGCAAAACACACAAACCCUGAGAGCUUCUAUCAAGGGCUUGUUUCGAUGCUUAAACAAAGAAAUUAUUAAAGAUUUUAUGACAAAAGUUUUUUCUUUAAAGCAAAAGAGACCCUUAAAGAUGUUUUGUUUUUUUGUUUUUUUCAGACAAGGCAUGAGCUGAUCUGUUAUGGUUAUUCACUUCUAGUAUUUGAGAGCUAAGAGAAUUAUUGUUUGGAGAUGAUGGGAGAAAACCCUAAUUAUUGGUGGAGCUUGAAUGGGAGGCUGCAACCACCACCCUCACAGCAGGUUUACCCUACUUUCUUAUCAACACCACCGUUGCCGGUUCCAGUAGCACCGCCAUCUUCCAUCAUGAAUCCUCCGUAUCUUUUUGGUUCUUCUUUACUACUUCCUGCUGCAAACUCUAAUACUUUGGGUGAUCAUCAUCACCAUGAUAACCAAGAUUUCCCAGUCUCAUGGAGCCAAUUACUUCUGACUGGAUUAGCAAACGAUGAAGAACACAACAUGGGAGAUGGGCAUGGUGGUGAAGUAAAGAACGGAUUUUUGGAUCAACAAAGCAGACAACAUUUUUAUGAUAAUAAACCUGAUCAUCAUGAGAACAAUAACGAAGAAGAUCUACAAACUUGUAGCUCUUCUUGGUCACCUCAACUAAAUCCAGUUCCAUCUGUUGGUUCAUCUUCUACCAUGAGUUUAAGCACCACCACUAUGGUUGAUUUCACAUGUAAAACCGAUCGCCGAAAUCACAAUGCUAAUCAAUAUUCAUCUCAGUAUGACGAUACAUCUACCAGUGGGGCGUCUAAAAAGCCCAGGUUUCAAUCGUCUUCAACCCAACCUUCUACAAUGUGUAACGACACAUUUACAAGUGGAGCUUCUAAAAGGACUAGAGCACAACACUCGUCGACCCAAACCCCUCUAAAGGUGAGAAAGGAGAAAUUGGGUGACAGAAUAUCGGCUUUGCACCAACUUGUUUCACCUUUCGGAAAGACUGACACAGCUUCUGUAUUGUUUGAAGCCACAGCUCAUAUCAGAUUCCUUGAGGGUCAAAUUGAGGCACUUAGCUCCCCGUACAUGAACUUGGCCAAUAAUGUCUCAGGAGGCACGAGACACCAACAUUCUGCUGACGGAAAGGCACCACUAAAGGACCUGGGGAGUAGAGGUUUAUGCUUGGUCCCAACCACUUACAUAGAUCAUAUUGACACCACCAAUAUGACCAGCAAUGGUGCCGAAUUCUGGACUCCAGCAUUUGGUGGUGGACUUUAAUUGCUUGGUGUAUUUUGAAGUCCAGCGCUCAUCAAAUUUACUGCUACUACACCAGCAGUUUUCAUCUGGUUGAUGCAUGCUCUUGUGUUGUUUCCAAAAUCUGAAAUGCCCGGCAAGGAAAGAAAAAGAAAACAAAUUUGUGUUGAUAAUGUUACUUGCUUAAUAUGUGGAUGACGCAUUGGUAUUUUAGUUUCUCUUUCUUUCUUUUCUUUUCGGGCAUUUGUGGAAUUAAGGGAAAGCAAAGACUAUAUUUAGUGCAUGCAUGCUAGCAUGUAUAUGAACCGUUUCUACAAUGUGUAAAAUAUUUGAUGUUUAAUUAGAAGAAAUGGACACAUCCUUGUUAUUUA